AUGUUUCGUUUAAGCAACAACUUGGUAGGAAUCCUAAACUUCAUAACCUUCCUGCUCUCAAUCCCCAUCCUAUGGGCAGGGAUCUGGUUAAGAAACAAAGGAGUAUCCGAAUGUGAAAAGUUUUUCGACACCCCAGUUAUAAUCCUUGGUGUCUUUCUCUUGGCAGUCUCACUCGCCGGUCUAAUUGGCGCGUGUUGUCGCGUGUCAUGGUUACUCUGGGUUUACCUCUUAGUCAUGUUUCUCCUCAUUGUUGUGCUCUUCUGCUUCACGAUUUUCGCUUUUGUCGUGACCAACAAAGGUGCUGGUGAAGUUUUGUCUGGUAAAGGGUACAAGGAGUAUAAGCUGGGAGACUAUUCGAAUUGGCUGCAAAAGAGAGUGACGAGCGAGAAGAACUGGAGGAAGAUUAAGAGUUGUUUGAUUGAUGCUAAAGUUUGUAAUGAUUUUCAACAGAGAUACAUGAAUGAUACUGUUCAAGAAUUAUAUACUCGUCAUCUGUCUGCUCUUCAGGCUGGCUGCUGUAAGCCAUCAGAUGACUGUGGAUUUACGUAUCGAGGCCCGAGUAAUUGGGAGAAGACACCUACAAAUGCCACCGCAAAUCCUGAUUGUAAUGCAUGGGAUAAUCAAGCAAAUGUGCUCUGCUUUAACUGCAACUCUUGCAAGGCUGGGCUGUUAGACAACCUCAGGAGUGACUGGAAGAAGGUGGCUGUCAUCAACAUUAUAUUCCUUGUGUUCCUGAUCAUUGUGUACUCUGUUGGAUGCUGUGCAUUCAGGAACAACAGAAGGGACAACAAUGCUUAUUUUCCUGGAUGGAAGCACACUUAA